UUUUAGCCCUUUUCCUCCUUUCUCUGCUUAUCAAAACGGCGCCUGGCAGUUUGAGUGUUGCUCGCCGCCAGGACGCUCCAAUUCGGACACCGGCGAUGGAUAAUUCUCCAAACAAUAUACACACCAUUGUCAAGGCUCAGAUCGUUUUCCUGCUUUCGACUUUGACAGAGGACAAUUUCGAGAGGAACCAAGCCGAGAUUCGUUCUUUGUCAGAGCAGCACGGAAUAGACACCUACCUCCAUUUCAUACGCCGCCUCAUAGGUCACUCCCAAGGCCGAAUUACAUCCUCCGCUCCCCCAUCUUCCUUUGACACGUCUAAUGCACUCACCUUUCGCCUUCUUGUGCAAGAAACUCAGCGACUCGCGCACGAUCCUUCCUUAGCAGAUCGAUUCCGUGACGGCAUAGACAAGGGAGAGGGAGAGGUCUUUCGACACUUCGAUUUCCAGCGAUUCGCCGAUCGAAUUGCCCUUAGACCACUUGAAAGGGUUAUACUGGCUUCUUCCAUCAUAUCUGCACCCACCCGUCGCGAGCUUGUCGCCCAGGCUGCAAAUGUAAUUCGCUCGGAGUUCGAUAGUGCCUUGCUUGCCCUUUGCCAACAUCCAUCUUUUGACCACGCCGACCUUAGCCCAUCCCAAGUGGCUAAGCUCAUGAUGAAUCUGUUCUCGGAUACCACGAACGACAUUCCUGUCCUGGACUUUCAUCAACGCCAGUCGCUCAUCGCCGCAGCGCAGGCUAAGUACGGGCCAGACAUCGUAGCUCCUAUCUUGCAGAAGAUAUUCCCCACCAUGAGCCUGCCACCAAAUGCCUCGCUUGUGCAAACAUUGGUUCAGUUGGGGCCCGAAAUCACGAGUGAUGCAGAUGUUGUCAAAGCGCUACUAAUGCGAUUCAACAUAACGGAGUCGAGUCCCCCCCGUGAAGCUCAGGUGACGGAGAUUGUAACAAGCCUUGCUCGAUUUGUUACGGAGGGCGUCCCGCUUUGUGAUGUUGGUGCUUUGAUUCGAGCUCUGAGCAGCUUGCAACCCACCAUGAACUGGGUUAAUGUCAUAAAAUCAUUCGACAGGCCCGAUAGGCACGGUGUCGACACGGCCACGCUCAAACUCAUCAUCUCAGUCCUCAUGAAUUCCCCGCUUGAAGUCACUCCCCAUGCAGUUUCGGGGUUCUGGGAGCCCUGGUCCAACUCUUUGUAUCAGCUAAAGUUGCUAGAUGCUCUCCUCUCGUUGCCUGGGGAUACCUUCAAUUUCGUCUCACUGCCUGGUAGGAGAGUAGUUACAGUGGACGAUGUCGCCUCGGCUGGGCCAACCAUCAAAGCCCUUGCAUCCAAUGUCCAGGUACAUACGUGGAAUUCCUUGGAGCUAUUUGAGGUUCUGGUCUCCUUAGCGGACUCGGAAAGCGCGGAUACACGCGCUUUUAUUCGGGAGAUGCUCGACAAGGCGAUCAAGAUCAGUGCUGAGCUUGUUCACAUGGGUCUUCUUCAAGUCCAGGACGGUAACUGGAACGAAAUUCGCACUGAAUACUCGAGAAAGUUGCUGGGACUGUUUCUUGCUGGCCAUCCAAACCACCAACUUGUCUUCAUGCGUCUUUGGCAAAUUGACCCUACAUAUCUUCUGGAUGCUUUCCGUGAUUUCUACAAUGAGAAUCCGUUGAACAUCACAAGAAUUCUUGAUGUCGCUCAGGAUCUCAAAAUUCUGGAAAACCUCCUUGAGGCCCAGCCGUUUACAUUCGCAUUGGACGUCGCUGCUCUGGCAUCUCGUCGGGAGUACCUUAAUCUUGAUAAAUGGCUUGCGGAUCACGUUGCAGAACACGGUGCCAGCUUCCUACACGCUAUGGUCUCUUUCUUAGAAAUCAAGAUGGAAAGCGAGAAAACAGCAAGGCUGUCUGACCCCGCUGUUGAAAGUCGUACCAUACCUCUCAGCCCACAAUCUGUGACAGUUUUCCUUCGCACUCUUCGGUCCAAUACUUCUGUUAUGUCUCGGGAGGAUAUCGACUACUGCCUCGAAGUCCGCAGCGCUUGUCUGCAAGUCUACCCUCGCUUGAUGUCUCUCUUGCCUGGCACCGAAGUUGAGCCUGGGUUCACUGUUGUGAACUACUCCCCAGAUAUAGAGGCUGAGGUAGACGCCAUCUACAAGCAGAUGUAUGACGAGCAAACGACGAUCGACGAAGUCAUCGCGAUGCUUGUUCGUUGCAAGGGUUCAUCCGAUCAACGAGAUAGCGAAAUAUUCUCGUGCAUGCUCCACUUCUUGUUCGAUGAAUAUCGGUUUUUCCAGUCCUACUACCCUGCACGCGAGCUUGCGAUGACCGGUUACCUCUUUGGAUCCAUCAUCCAACACCAGCUCGUCGAUUAUGUACCUCUCGGCGUGGCUAUCCGAUAUGUAGUCGACGCUCUAAGCUGCCCUGCGGAUACAAAUCUGUUCAAGUUUGGACUUCAGGCUCUUGGCCGCUUCGAGUCUCGCCUUCCGGAAUGGCAACCUCUUUGCCAAGCAUUGCUCAGGAUCCCCACACUCAUGGAAGCCCGUCCGGAUCUCUCGUCGGUAAUCCAUCGUGCCAUAGCCGCUGGCAACGAGGCAUCUUCAUCCACUGCAGACAUGCGAGGGAUUGCUACAGGGCUAGCCUCCGAACCUGUCCCCGUUUUCACUGCGCUCAAGCCCGACACACUUGAUGGCGAUAUGCCAGCACCACCCGAGGAGCUCUCGGACAAGAUUCUAUUCAUCGUAAACAAUCUCUCACCAAACAACCUCGAAGCCAAGCUUGCUGAGAUGAAGGAAUACUUCGACGACGCAUUCGCUCGAUGGUUUGCGAAUUACCUGAUUGACCAGCGCGUCAGUACCGAACCUAAUAACCAUCAGCUGUACCUUCGCUUCCUCGAUGGCUUGGACCGCAAGGUUCUGUCUAAAUUCAUCCUUCAUGAGACCUUCGUCAAGUCAGCUUCCGUUCUGAAUCAUGAAAAGACUAUGCAACAAACAUCCGAACGACACAUCCUGAAGAAUAUUGGCGCCUGGCUGGGUACUAUCACUCUUUCCCGGGACCGGCCCAUCAAGCAUAAGAAUCUGUCGUUCAAGGAUUUGUUGAUAGAAGGCUAUGACAAUGGUCGUCUUAUGGUCGCGAUUCCUUUUGUUUGCAAAACCUUGGAGCCGUGCGCCAAAUCGAAGGUCUUCAAACCCCCUAAUCCAUGGCUUAUGGCCGUCAUUAGCCUUCUCGCCGAGCUGUAUCAUUUCGCCGACUUGAAGCUCAAUUUGAAGUUUGAGAUCGAAGUGUUGUGCAAGGGUCUUGACAUUGACCUUGAUACGGUAGAGGCCACCACGAUGCUGAGGACUCGACCCAUGACGGAUACACUCGCGCCUCCUGCGAUCCCGGAUUACGUCAACGAGUUAGAAUCACUGCCAUUGGGAGGUUACGAUCCCGCUCAACUUGGAAACGACUCACAAGUCCUGGGCUUGGACCAUGCAAAUGGGGAUACUUCACUUGACGUCGGUGGUCACAUCGAGUCAAUCCUUCAGGGUCUUUCGCAGCGUGUGGUCAUCAAUCCUCAGCUCGCGCCUUUGCAUAUCAACCAAGCUUUCAAACGUGCUGUGCAGUUAGCGGUCGAUCGGUCUGUUCGGGAGAUUAUUGUACCCGUCGUAGAGCGCUCUGUCACCAUCGCAGGGAUCUCAACCCGAGAACUUGCAACCAAAGAUUUCGCCACUGAACCUAGCGAAGACAAGCUGCGGAAGGCAGGUCAUUUGAUGGCUCAGAAGUUAGCUGGAAGUCUGGCAUUGGUAACGUGCAAAGAGCCUUUGAAGAGCAAUCUGGCAACUCAUCUGCGGUCGUUCCUUGUUGACCAUGGUUUUAACGAGCAAACACUUUCCGAUCAAGUCUUUGCCAUCCUUGUUCAGGAUAACUUGGACGUUGCUUGUUCUGCCAUUGAGAAGGCUGCGAUGGAGCGUGUUAUUUCUGAUGUUGAUGAAGGCUUCGCCGCGUCGUAUGAUCUGCGUCGGCGCCAUCGCGAGGUCCGCGGUGGACAAGUGUUCUGGGAUUCAGCGGCAACAUCAUCUAACUUUACCAUCAAUCUCCCCGAUCCUUUGCGCAUCAAGGCGAAUGGGCUACAGGCAAAUCAAUUUGCCGUCUAUGAGGAUUUCUCCGUGGACACUAAACGCCGAGCGCCCAUGAGUCGUCCCAGCUCUGCAGUGUCGAUGUCUCGCAACGAGCACUUGACGCCUGCACUUUACGCAGCUUCUCCUGCUCCAGAAUCCAACCUUACUUCCCAAAGCUCUCUGGAUCACCAGACAGCAAUGGAACGCUUUACGGCUAUCCUUCGGGACUUGGAGGCUCUCAUGACACAACUGCCGAUCCAGUCACUCGCCUCUUUACCACCUAAUCACGAUGUUCGCCAUCUCGUCCGUCAGAUUCUUUAUCUCGCAGCAGAGUCUACGGAUCGCCACCGGACUCCAUUAAUGAUGUCUCAGAAGAUCGUCCAGCUUUUGUACAAGACGUCGUCCCAAUUGGGACGGGAGAUUUACGUGGCUUUGCUCGAUCAGCUUUGCCGUUCAUUUGAGGAUGUUGCCAAAGAGGCGAUCACAUGGCUGGUAUAUGCUGAGGAUGAGCGCAAGCUCAACAUUCCUGUCACUGUGACUCUCCUUCGAAGCGGUCUCAUUAGUUUCUCUCUGCAAGAUCAACAGCUUGCAAAGACUCUAUUUGCUGAUCCUCGUCCAUCACUGCUCAACUUCGCUGCUGGCCUUAUCAGGGAAUGCCUUUCAGGCGAUCCUGCAGUAGCUUCGGUCAGCCAGUUCACCUUCUCCCUCGAAGUUUUAGGUCAGCUCGCUCAGAACGGCAAGGCUAACGAUGAAGCCAACCAUCUGCUUGAUGACAUCCGAGGCGUCCGCAGGCUAGGGCCUAGUGAAAUACGCCAGCCCUCACUGAAGCCAGAGACCGAGCAGCUUCGUGAGAAGUUGUUUAUCUGGUUCCAGCAAUGGGUCCAAAUAUACCAAAGGUCACAUACCCCCGAGAAAGCGUUCGUGCCUUACAUCACGCAGCUCACGAAGCAGGGUGUUCUCAAAGCAGAAGACGUAUCCUCGUUUUUCUUCCGUGUGUGCGCUGAGUCGGGCGUGAACUCGUACCUCAAAUGUGUCGCAGCUGGUGACUAUGAGCAUGCCUUUCAAGCCCUAGAUGCUUUGUCAAGGCUAAUCGUCUACAUCAUCAAAUACCACGGCGAUGCGUCGGGAGUCAACAACGACCAAGCAAAAGUGCACUACUUCACCAAAAUCUUGUCCAUUUUUGUGCUCGUUCUUGCCAACAUGCAUGAAACUCAGGGGGUUCAGUUCCAGCAGAAACCUUUCUUCCGCUUCUUCUCCAGCCUUAUCAAUGAUCUACAUGCGGUUGAGUCUCACCUCCGAACAGCGUACUUCCAAUUACUCCUUUCCAUCAGCGAUACACUCAGUUCGCUCCAACCAACAUAUUUCCCUGGCUUUGCCUUCUCGUGGCUUUGUCUCAUCUCUCACCGACUCUUCAUGCCCAAAUUGCUUCUGUCAGAAAAUCGCGAAGGAUGGUCCGCUUUCCACAGACUUCUGCUUUCCCUCUUCAAGUUCCUCGCGCCCUUCUUGAAGGAAGCUGACCUACAGAUCGCUUCACGAGAUUUAUACCGCGGGUCCUUGAGGUUGCUUCUCGUUCUUCUUCACGACUUCCCCGAAUUCCUCAGCGAAUACUACUUUACCCUUUGCGACUCUAUUCCUUCCCGCUGCAUUCAACUUCGCAACAUCAUCCUCAGCGCCUUCCCCUCUACCAUCACCCUCCCUGAUCCACACCUUCUCAACUACAAAUUCGAGUCCCUCCCUGAAAUGGGGCCAAUCCCUCCCAUCCUCUCUGACUUCACGUCCAAUCUCAAGAACGGCGACUUGCGCACCCAUCUCGACCAGUACCUCCUCAAUCGCGGAUCACCGACCUUCCUCCCCUCACUGAAAGAUUGUCUGACGCUUUCAGGAGUUCCCGAAGGUGUACCUGUACCUGAUUCAUACAACCUUCCCUUGAUCAACUCCCUUGUCAUGUACGUCGGUGUAUCGUCGGUGGCGCAAGCCAAGGCUAGGAGUGGUUCAUCCAUUUUCGUCUCUGGAGACCCUGGCGUCGUUGCGUUACAUUACUUAGCUACUAAUCUAGAUGUUGAGGGACAACAUCACCUCCUUAGCUCCAUGGUCAUGCACUUACGAUAUCCCAACGCCCAUACACACUGGUUUAGCUCCUUGCUCCUCUAUCUCUUUGUUGAGGUACAAGAUGAUCAUUUCAGAGAGGUGAUGACAAGGGUUCUUCUGGAACGCUUCAUCGUUCACCGACCCCACCCAUGGGGUGCUCUCGUCACCUUCAUCGAGCUGUUGCGGAAUCAGAAGUAUGAGUUCUGGAGCAAGGAGUUCACUCGUGUUGCUCCCGAAGUCCACAUGCUUCUCGACAGUGUGGCGAGAUCCAUUUACUAGUCAAACUCUUCCUGCUCUUGACACUGCUAUCUGUCUCGCAUAUCAUUUAUUUUUCGUUGGGUUUUCUUCACCGCAAUCACUGUACUGUAUCAUUGUUCCAUUUUUGUGUUCAAGAGUGUACCAUCUGGACCUCGAUGAUAUCAUUCCUCCUAAAAGUUCUAUACGACUACAAUACUAUGUACACUGUAGACAGCAUAGCAUGUUUAAUUUGGCCACGACAGACGAGCAUUGCAUCUCCACUUCCAAUUGUUUGCCCUGAAUGAUUCCCAGUACCCAGCAGCCUCCACGCCCGCCGCACCAAUCUUGUCAGCGUGCUUGCCCAUGAAGACAUAGUCGGGGAGAGCAACGCCUGUGCGUAUGGGGAAGAGGCGGGCAGCUUGUUCAAGGCCGACGUCGUCACUUCCCAUGAGUACAAGAGAGACACCUCCGUCAUGCCAGGGAUGCUGCUGCAGCGCUAGUCCACCAGUGGCUGGAUCAUUAAAGCUCCGGUCCCCAAGCGACCAACCUGAACCUUCACUCCACGUUAGCCCAGAGCCCGAUUUGUGGAAGAUCUCUCUGGUGACUGCGGCGUUGUAUCCCCCGAUGACGACGACGUUCCCGCGCAUGUACGUCCACACGUCGUGGCCGCGCAGCACGUCCAUCGCGUCGUUGGCGCUCAUGAUCAGCGCGUCGAGCUUGUGGAACGUGUCGAGGUCGUGUGCAAUGCGUAGCGCGAUGCUCAGCUCCGUGCUCAGCUUGGGCGACUCGGCCUCGAAGGGCACGACGAGGACGAUCGGGCCCUGGGUCGAGAGGAUCGCCUGGGAGCGCCCGAAUCGCUGGAUGGGGUAGGCCUCUGGCGUGACGUCCUGUUCGACGAGCUUAUGGCGCCAGAUCCCUGUGUUGAUGUCGAUGACUUCAAGCCACAGUAUGCCCUUACUGGAGAGGCCGCUCUCGACGAGACGUCCGUUCACGCUCAAAGUAUCAAUGGGCCCGAACCGGCCGAGAUCGACGGACGCGGCAUGCACGUUCGUAGUCUUGAGCUCUACCUUUCCGUCCUUGUUCGUCACAUGCAAACGCGCUAACCGUCCAGGGACUUGCAGUAGAUUGAUCCUCCAACCAUGCAUGGUGCCGCUCUCCGCCGGAACGACGGUCGUAAGCGUGAAGAACAUUGACCGCGUCGGUGGACACUUUUCGGACGUCGAGACUCGGUCUAUAAACCGCUGCACGUCCUCGUGAAGGAGCACGUCAGGGUACCAGUGCGGCUUCCCCUUGUCUUCGCGGAAGACUACAUCCGCGUUAGGGUUCCAUAUCCUCAGCGUGUUGACCAGCUCUCGAGUGUGCCAAGUUGGCACAUUUUCGUCCUCUCCACCAUGGAUGGCAAGGACAGGAGUAUCUACAAGAUUUGUCACGAACAGGUCGUUAUCAUCUGCGGUGAGCGAAGAGUCGAGAAUGGCUCGAAGCGAGGGGUCGAUGAAGUGAGCCGAUCUGGACAUUCCCAGCGAGACGUAAGCCUGUGACUUGACAUAGCCUGCCGCAGGUAUCACUCCAAGUACUCUGUCAGGGUAUCGCUCCGCCACCCACCAGGCGCCCUGUCCGCCAUUGGAAUGACCCAUCAAUACGACAUUGGCUUUCUCCUGGACAGCCCACUGUUUCCAGGGUGAGGCUGAUGUCUCCGUCAGUUCAUGUAGCGCAUCAACAGCGUUCCAUGCAUCUUGUGCGCUGGGACCGUGCCAGUCGAGGCCCCAAGACGUCCGGCCUGUCGGUAUAACAAUCCAGCUGCGUUCCUGACGCGGUAGACUGUCCGCGAAGAACGUCUGAUCAACUACAUCGACGCCUGCGCCAUGCAAAGCUAGCAGCGGCGGGCGGGGUUUCUCCUUCGAAGCGUUAGGCAGCUUCGGAGGAACGAGCAAAAAGUACGUCGGCAUUGUAUUGCCGAAGAGAUACGUCGCCUUGAUCGGCGUGCAUUCCUCGGCUGUCCACAGAGGUAUCUGGCGUAUGGGCAAGGAAACGACCAGUAUCUUCCUUUCUCCCCGGCAUUCUGCAUCAAGUCGGAUGUCAAGUUUCUGCAAGUCUUUAACAGGGAGCGUCUGAGUGACAAUCAGAGGUACGACCCGCGUUUGAGUUGGCGCAAGCCGCGUAUCCCUGGUGAGAUGAACAGAAAGACCCUCUAUGCUAAAGUCGGGCAAUGACGCAGACCGGAUCGUCCACCAACCGUCGACGCUCUUCACACCGACACCAAGGGCAUUCCCGAAUGCGUACCCGUCCACAAAGUCACACGCGACGUGAUGUGUGGCCACUUCUUCCAGCUUGGGCGGGGUAUAUGCGUCUAAAUCCAUGCCGACUUGGAUAUUCAGGCUCAAGGUCGGAGUCUGCGAGUGAUUGACAAGGGGAUCUCCAAACAAACGGAUCUCGUAGUCGCCGCUGACGUAGAGAAAGAAUUGAGUCGGACGAUCUUCAUGCGGCAUAUAUGGUAGCCCAAGGGUUUGGGGGGCAGAUCGGCCGAUGGUAUAGAUGUUUCCUGCGAACCACCUUGGAACGAGGUGGUCGACGUGUUGAGUGGGUGUUACAGUGAAAUACGACCCUUGAAGAAGUUCGACACUCAGUCGGGGCACAAAGAACGGUGGGUAAGGAGCGUUUUCAGGAUCGUCGACUGCAGGAGGGGCAGCGCCUGAAGGUCGGAUGGUCAGAACGGUGCGAAGAACGCUGUGAUGCUGGAGAGCAGCCCAUCCUUCGGUUGCACGAAGGUUCUCCCAGCGAAUGUUGGGAAACGAGACUUUGAGAUUGCCUUGGUUGUCAGAGCGUGCUUUGGACCAAGUGACCGCGCCAUUGUCAGCGUAGGAAGAUGGCCAUGCUGACCGCUGCAAGUCGUGAGGAUCGUGCGGCGAUGUCAAGUCAAGGGGGUAUGAGGGAGAGAGGUAGUGCUGCUCUCUUGCGUGGAUGGGGAACGGGCCAAGGACGUCCCAGUCACGGCCGACCUCGACAGUCCACCUCGGGUCUGUGCUCUCGAUCUGGGUCAUCCGGGUCAGCGUUGGAUCGACAACCCCAAAGUUGUUGUAGUGAAUGUGAA